AUGUAUAUCCAACUCGUCAUCCCCCUUGAUCGAUGCAUUGACGAAGAGUGUCUCUCGCCCGAGGCUGACGGGCCGCUCAUCUCCAUGGCAAUGACUCGUCUCGCAACACCCCUUCUCCGCAUAUGCAUGAGCCUUGGCUGCCUUGUCCGCUGCGGUCUCGUCCGUGUCAAAGUUGCUUCGUCGUAUCGUACCGAGCGUCUCUACCGUAACCGAUCUCUCGUUGUCAAUGUCCGUCAGGUUUGA